UUGCUGCGAAAACGUUGGGAAGUCCAGGGAAAAGCUGCAGCAAUGCAUGGGGAUCCCAGAGCCAGGAGCCUUGUGGCUGCAUCAAAGGAACACCGAGCAGCAGAAGGAAACGUCACCCCAGGUGGAAAAGGCCCAGCAGCAGGACAGGAUGGAGGUUUCCCAGGAGCAAGAGUCAUCGAGCAGGGCUCUGGAGCAGCUGCGCCAGCAAUCCUCUGGCCAAGGGCACGCACUGGCCCAGGUGUGCAGAGAGAAGGAGCUGCUGGGCCAGGAGAAGGCUGCCCUUAAGGGACGACUGGCAGCUAUGGAGCGGCACCGACAAGAGCUUUGCAAGCAGCUGGCAGAGACCAGGUCAGCAAAGGAGAGCCUGGAAUCCAGCCUGUCUGCUGCUCAGCAGCAGAUAUCUCAGCUGGAGAUGAGCAGGAACCAUCUGGAGGCUCAAGUGCUCAGAGUCACGCAGGCCAAGGCAGUGGUAGAAGGACAAGUGAAAUUCCUGCAACAAGAGCUGGAAGCAGAGAGAGCUCUCAGGAGAAAGGAACAGGAAGAGAGAGCUCAGCAGUUCAUGCAGGCAGAGCAGCAUCAUGAAAGCCUCAGGCUUCAGGGAACAGCUCAGCAAAUGGAAAUAAACAAGCUCCUGCAAGACCUGGCCUCCCGGGAAACGCUGCUCUGUUCCGCCCGAUUCCUGAAGAGGAAGGAUCUCCAGCAGAUGCUGCGGGUGGAUCAGACCUGGAGGUUUGGCGAGGGCUUGCUGGCACAGGACAGGAGCCGAGCGGCUGAGCACCUGCACCGGGCCCUGAUGUACCUGGACAGCCCACAGGAGUCCCUGCGAGCGGCGGCCAUCAGGUUCAUUG